GGGGUGCCGCGGUGCCGGGGGUCUGGGGCCGGCCGGCGCGGGGACCUCGCGCCUGGGCCGGGCUGGAGCGCCCCGGGGCCUCCGUGAGACCCGGCGGUUCGUCCGAGGCUGGGGGAGCUGCAGGAGCGGCCGCGGGUACCAGCCUUGGGGUGCAGCCCCGGUGACCUUGACCUUCUCCGGAAUUUACUGUCAAUUCUUCUUGAUGACGGGCAGAGGAAAUAACAAAACGUCCCUCUGUUUUAUGCGGUCUUUUGCUGCGUUCGUAGCAUGGGCCUUCCUGACUGCCCGUGUCUUACCUGUGCUCAGUGCAUGGCUGGAUGUGUGGCACCGGCUGACUUCUUACAGCCUGGCUGCAGCAGCGACACAGAGAUGCCUGUGUCGUGCCUUGCAUCACGGAGGCUUGCAAGAUUUCUCUGAGGUUUCUGGAGCGAUUUUCAAAGGUCCACCAAUCUUGAGGGCUGUCUGCAGGUUCCCGGAGCUGGGUCAUUCUCAGCUUGGUCACAGCAACACUGGAACCAGACAGGCCGGGUAUCAGCAGGUGUAUAGCUGCUCAGGCUAAAGCUUGCGUUUCUCCAUUUUGUAUUUCAUUUUAACUGAGUGAGAAUGUGGUAAUCUAUUCUUUAAGGGAGCCUGUGUGUUGUUCAGCAGGUUGGCAAUGCCAUCCCUAUAAUUUUUAGCUGAGAUGGCCUUCCCUUCUAGAUGAAGGCAUAACUUGACUUCUGGAGGUGUGAGAUAAAACAGACAGCAUCUCACUCUUGUACCACUCUUGUGCAUCUCUGACAAAGCGAAUCCCAGGGUUAAGGGUGCCGGUAGCCCCCAGGGACCUGUUCAUACCUCUGCCAGCUGACCUGAAUGUCAUUUCAGUUUUGCUGUCCUGGUGCUAGGUCAUCCGUGUAUGGAAGCCUAUUUUAAUUCAAAACAGGACACUUCAGAAAUGUGUGUCCAUAGUUAGAAGUGCUGUGAAGCAACACAGGGUCUCGAUUUUGCUCAUUCUGUCGCUUAAGUUCCUGUUUCCAUCCCAUUCAGUCACAAAGUGUAGAUUUUGCAUCUGGUGCACGGCAACUGUCUCCUGAGGGAGCCUGUGUGAGCAGGGGUGAUUCCAGGCAUGCCUUCCAUGGUGGUGAAACGUGAAACUGAAAUUCUUCCUGUUGGUGAUGGUGGCUCCAAGGCCCCGCUGCUGAUGGCCGCUGCGGUUCCCGUUUUUCUGAUGGAGGCGAUGUCGUGUUCUUCCGUGAGCAGGAAUAGAAGGCUGCUGGGGCCGUGCCCGGUGCGCGGGCGUGCGGGAGAGCAGCGUGCUGUGCCAGCCGUGCCUUCCUGCAGGGAUGGAGGACAGCCUGAGCGGCGUGCCUGCUUGGUUUGUGGGACCGCUUCCCACAGACUGCAGGGAUGCAGUGAGGUGGUUGGUUUUUUUUUUCAGUUUUGCCUUAGCUCAUGCUUUUCUGCCUGUGGGAAGAGCAAGCCAGUGUCGAAGUGCAGGGCUUGUAGUUGGAGGAAGAAACAAUAACACCAUUCUUUGUCUAAGUCCCUGGCUAUUUAACUUCAGAGCUUGACCCGCUUUGCUGGCAGCAUGAUGUUUCUGUAGCAGACACAUUGAAAGGCCUGAUCUGGUCAUGUACCCACCAGCUCUUGAACUUGCUGAACUUGUUGAAAAGGAACACUGCGAGCAGAAAAUGGUCUAGAAACUCACAGUACCGCAUUCAUUUCUGAAGGCGGGUUCUUCUGCUGUGUUUGGGUCCCAGGCAGAGCCCAGCAGUGUGUGUGGUCAGUCACCUCAGUGGAGCCAGAAGGAAAGUAUGCCUAGGAUAAACUCAUAAAGGCGGAUGAGCUAACAUGGAAAUGGGAGAGAACAAGCAAAAAGGCUAUAAACAGACAAACUUGGCAGUGCUGGCAGACAGGGAGGUGUGUGUGACUGUGGGCAUGGGCUGUGGGAAGAAGGCUGUGCCAGGAACCAGUGGAGUCCCAGAAGGCCUCUGCUACAGCUGGGCAUCAAGAUCCAGGGACACUGUGCCUCCUGCCUUGAGGCACGUCUGGUUGGAGGGUUGGGAAGCAUUCAAGAUAGAGCCAGCAGCACGGUGGCUGCUUGUCCAGCCAUCCCACCCUGCUCUGCUGCGUGCUGCUUGGGGCUGGUGCUGCCAGCAUGCACAGGGGCUUUCUCGUUAGAGACACUUCCUUUCCCCACUGGCUCUGCCUGGACAGCCCCAGAGUGUUCUGAAGCUUCUUCCUGCCCCAGAGCUCACAUCCGGCUUCCUUUGGCUGCUGGGAUGUGCUGGGGACUGGAUGCGGCCCCACAGCUGAGAAAACUUCCAGGGAGCAUGCUCCCAGCUCACGGGAAGAAUGUUCUUCUCAUUGUUUUGGCCUGUUCCCGGAACAGCCCUGCAGUGAGCUGGUGGGCACAGGCAGCUUACCACAGGAUGCUGAGAGCCAUGUCCUGGGCUGAGUGCUCGGCCCUGUGAUGGUGGGUGGGCAUGCAGGCCAAACUCACGUUGCUAAAGAGAAUUAAAGUAACAAACUGCCUAAUAGAGGUAUUUAUAGAAUCCUGCUCCUUAAUUUAAUCUCCUCUUUGACUUUUAUUUUUUCAUUUUAAAGUUAAAAGGUUCAAUAGAAGAGAAACCAAACUUUGUUGAUGCUCUCACGGAGAAGUGCAGUGUAACUAAUCAUCUGCGUGAUUGCCCAGCCAGAGACUCCCCUCUGACCUGUGCAGAGUUCACAAAAACACUUAUCCCAGCGUGCAACUGACUUCUGCUGCUCCGUAUCUGUUCCAGAUGUGUCCUCAGUGCCACCCGCACAGCAGGCAGUGCCCGGAGCGCCUGCCUGGUGUGGCAGAGCCUGGCCGUGCUGCGGUGGCCACAGCAGGUUUGCUUGCAGGGCAGGUGCUGUGCCUGCCCUCCCUGUCGGCCGCAGGCACGGGCAGAGGAAGGGGCUGGGCUCGCUGGGCAGGGGCAGCCUGGUGCCCUUGCUGCAGCAGGUGCUGCUCGGGGCCCUGCGCCGCGCUGCGCCGCGCUGCCCCAGCACGGUGUCCAGCACGGCCCCGCGGCCAGCGCUGCCGCCAUAGAGGGGCUUUGUGUGAGCCGGCACAAAGUGAGGAUUGAUGCCGUUUCCCCUCCCCCUGCCGUGCGAGCAGGGCUGCAAAUGGCUCCCACAAAGGUGCCCUUCUUCCCUCGCCGAGGACAGGGUGCCAGCGGGCUGAGGGGGAGGCAGCGCGCUGCGGGUUGGAGCACCCACCCCUCCUUGUGCGCGGGUGCCGGGGACCCCCUGGUCCUCAGCCGUGCCCGGGCGGAGCUGGCAGCUGCCCAGGUUCCUGCUGGGGCAGCUGGGCCGCCCUGCAGCCGGCCCCAGCUCGGCGAGGCGCGGCCUGGGCAGCGCGCAGCAGCGGGCGCUUCGGCAGCCGCCGUGUGAGCGGAUCUGCGUCCCCGCAGUGCCGCUGCAGCUGCGUGGGAGCCUGCCGUGUGGUGCUCUUAACACGCUGGGAAUACCAUCACCUACCUGGAUUUCAGUUCAAAAUGGCCUAAGAGAAGCUUACGUCAGCAUUCAUUACCUCCCAGCUCCUCCCAAGGUGUAGUAAGAAGCCACUACACUAUUGAGUGACUUGAAGUUUCAGGAAACAUUCAUGAAGAACAGAUUGUAAGCUCUUUGCUAAAUUCACGUUUCUUCCAUGCUGUGUGUGUGAGGUUCUGCAUUAUUUGCGAGGCCUCUGGAUGAGCUGUGGGGUGGCACACAUGUUGGCACAGGGUCUGUCAUGGCUGUGCCAGGCCUCCAGCAUGCCUGCAGCAGGGUCCCGUGCUCCUCGCCCACCCUGAGGACAGGGAGCCUGCUGGGAGAGGAGGGGGAGCCCCUGGGGCUCAGGCUGCACUUGCCAUCAUGCUGGAAGGUUUGAACUGCUUUGGCAGUGAGGAGGGUUUGCUUUGCUCUGUGUGCUGGAUGCGUGCCCAGCACACUGGUGCUAAAGCAGAGCUCUCUCCUGUUUGGUUCAUCAGCAGUAGUGUUUGCAUCACUACUGGUCGCUAGCACCUAUUUUGGACUCCUCAAGUAGUCUGGCUGUUCAUGUGACAUUAUUAUUAUUUACUUAGGGCCCAGACUUGCUCUUUUUUAUUGCCUGCAGCACGAUGUUUGUUCAGACUGGGCAUUGUGAAGUGUAAACCCAAUUCCACUGGCACCAGUACUCACCUCUGCCUUUUCUAGAAGCAAUGGAGACCAGCCCACGGAAUCAACAAAAUGAGUCUCAGAGGCUGCCAGCCCAAAUUUCAAACCUAUUUGGCAUUGCACAAGUAUACCCUCUUAUCAAAAGCAAAUGAAAGUGCAGAAGGAUCAGUCCAUAAUGCCUGAGGUGCGAGACCUCUCGGAUGCCUUGCCCGAGCUGCCCAUGGAUCCCAUCACAGGCGUCGGCGUGCUGGCGUCCCGCAGCCGAGCACCGACUGGAUAUGAUGUUGUUGCACAAACAGCAGAUGGCUUGGAUGCUGACCUGUGGAAAGAUGGCUUGUUUAAGUCCAAGGUCACACGGUACCUGUGCUUCACCAGAUCCUUUUCGAAAGAGAAUAGUCAUUUAGGCAACGUCUUGGUCGACAUGAAGCUCAUUGAUAUCAAGGACACUUUACCUGUAGGCUUCAUGCCCAUCCAGGAGACCAUUGAUACACAAGAAGUAGCUUUCAGAAAGAAGAGGCUGUGCAUUAAAUUCAUCCCUCGAGAUUCCACAGAGGCAGCGAUCUGCGAUAUCCGAAUCCUGGGGAGGUCCAAGCAAGCCCCUCCUCAGUACACGUUCAUCGGGGAGCUGAACAGCAUGGGUAUCUGGUACCGGAUGGGCAGAGUGCCGCGCAACCACGACUCCGCACAGCCCGCGGCUCCUCCCGCCCAAGCGCCGGCUGCAGCGCCCGCUCCCAACCUGCCAAGGCACAUCUCGCUGACGCUGCCAGCCAGCUUUCGGGGCAAGAGCCACAGCACCCGCCUGGACCUGGAGCACCAGCACUCCAACCUGUACGCCAUCUCAGCAAUGGAUGGUGUGCCUUUUAUGAUUUCGGAGAAGUUUGCCUGUGCUCCUGAAGGGAUGCAGCCAGUUGAUCUCUUGGGAAUCACAAUCAAAACCCUUGCAGAAAUUGAAAAGGAGUACGACUACAGCUUCCGCACGGAGCAGAGCGCGGCCGCCCGCCUGCCGCCCAGCCCCACCCGCUGCCCGCCCGUGCCGCCGUCCUGAGGGGCCGCGGCCGGAGCGCGUGUGCGUGCGUACUACUGAGCAGGACACGGGCACAGCCGUGCACCAUCCCGGCAGGCCCCCGUGCCCGGCCGCCGCCGCCGCCGCGCCGCCCCUGCGCACACCGCUCCACCGCGGGCACCCUUCGGCAGCUGCCCCCUCCCCGCUGCAGACCCCUCUCCACGUGAGUACAGCACCGAGGACUGGGAGCCUGGCUCAUCCCCCUUGGUAACCCUGCUGCAGGACAGUCACAGAAUCCAGAGCUGUGCAAACCUCUGCGGACACGGCCGGGAGCUUGCGGAGCAUGGAGAGAUCUUAUCCCUGAAAGGAGCAGUGCAAGGCGCGGCUGGGUACUGCCACACGAGCUGCCAUGGAGCUGCUUGGCUCUCCACACCUUGCAGCAGCAGGCUCCUGCAGCACCCAGUCCCGUGCAGAACUCAGCUGCAGUGAACGCCAAUCCCUCUGCCACGGUCUGGGCAUGCUGUGGCUGGGAUCAGUCUCAGAUCCACUGUGGUCACUGGAUUUGCUUAGGCUGCGGGAGCCAGGGCCCCUGGCUCUCCCUGGGCACUGGCAGGCAGGCAGGGUGCCCCAGGUGCACUGCAGGUCCUGAGAUGAAGCACCUUCGCUUUGCACAGGGUGUCCAUCUGUCCCUACAGAUCCAGGGUGACAAGCGUCCUGUGUUUCUUCCUGGAUGGAUGCUGGCAGCGACACCCUGGCAGACCCUGGCAGCCGCCCACUGACCCUGGCCAAGCUGCCUGUGGACCUGCUGACAGCUGGGAUGCCAUCACCUGCCCAUCAUUGAGACAGUUCUCUAACAUGUUCCCCGCUCGCUGCUAAAACAAAAGAGAUGUGCCUGUUUCCUGGGCGUUCCUGGGGAAGCACUGAACACUGACAUGGCACGGGAUGAGAAUGAGAUGCAUUAAACCCUGACCUCUGCCUCCCUGUGGUCGCUGACCAGGCUUGCUCCCAAGCCAAACGCAUGUCUUGGAGAAGUCCGUUGCUGUAAUAAGUUAUUUACAAGUGCCCAUCUGACUCUGUGCUGCUCUUUCAAGUCUCUGCUGUAGAACAAAGAUACAUCAUGGCAGCAAAAUGGCAAUUUUGGAGUAAGAGUUAAAAUGUACAAUUUUUUUGUAUUGUAAAAUACUGAUUCUCUGACCCCACUGAAAUGCAAUUGCCAUGGUAACAGUAACAGUGCUGUUGCUCUCAGCCCGGGUCAUACAUGUGCCCCCACCUACUUUGCACUCCCUUGGAUUGAUCUGGCAUUUGCUAGUUGCACAGAGUGGUAACUAACAGCAGUUUUUGUACUGUCAGCUAAUAUUUUUUAUUUGUACAUAAGUAAAAUAAUUCUUGUCCAAAGAUUCAUUUCUGGUUUUAAGGCACCAUGAUGUACUGCUGGGAUAAAGAGCACAAAAUACAUUUGGGACAAACUGAGUCCAGAUCUUGGCUUCAGCUUCUUCUGGUCAGGUAAAUAAUUUUCUGGAGCUGCGUCUGUAGAGUGGCCAUGUGGUUGGAGAGCAGAGGCCAAUUUGGUUGCAUGUACAUUGUUUCUGGGCAAAAGAGUUAAAGCUGUGCACCAGCUCUGGAGCCCUUGGGUGACCCCCUGGAAGUGCUCGUUUGCUUGGAGCUUGCACCACCAUUUUCAGUUGUUAUUUAUCCUGCAGUAAAGAAAAGCCAGACCUCACUGCCAGGCUUCACAAAGGCCAGAUUGAUGAUGCCGACGUCGACAAAUGAACAUACCAUGGCAGCUUGGUCAUUCGGCUCAGGUUCACUUCAAGUUCAAAUCCACUCUAUGCCGUAGUGCUGUGCCCAUCUCAUCCAUCUUUUGUCUUUCUAUUUUUCUGCUUGUAAUUUGUUCUGUAGUUUUCUGUGACAUCCGUUUAUAGCUUCUCCUGUGGCUCAGUGGUCACGGCAGCUAGGCAGGAGCCGUCUGCAGCUCUGCGUUCCUCGUGGCUUUGGGAUGAGAGCUGACCUUCCCUGUUCAUGCUGGAGGAACGAGGGCUGCGGACUAGCAUGGGGCACAGCACAGUCUGCAGAGCUCCAGGGGCAGUGCCUGCCGCUGGGAGAUUGAGAAACAGCUGCCAGGAGCCCCUCCUGGAGCCGGCUCUUCCCAGGAAGGCAGGGCUGCCUGCGCAGCAGACGGGGGCUCAGCAAGGAGCAGGUUCUGAGAGCCACCGAGCCCCACGCUCAGUGCCACACUCCCUGGAUACGUCUGGGAAAAUGGGUGCAGAGCUUCAAGUCCCUUAAGUAAGAGAAAAUCAGUGCUUUAGUAUUUAUACCAACUGCUAGGUUUGCUCAGCUUGCUCUGCAGUGACCUACAGGAAACACUGGAUACUUGAAACACUGGCAGGAUGCGCGGCUGGGACAGACAUCUACAUCUUCAGGAUAUAUUUGUACACUUAAUUCUCCCUCUCUAACACUGGGCCAGCAAAGCUGCUUCAGGACUCACCUGCAAAGAACCUUGAGAGAUGAGUUUGCUCUCUGUGGAGUGGUCCUGCGCCAUGGCACUGCGGGGACGGCCUGGUUCAAAUGCACAGACAGGACAGAUGCAGUUCCUGGGGGCAGACACAAUGAAGGUGUUUUGAACAAAAAGCUGCACCUGCUGAGAGCCAGCUGAGCUCUCAGGCCUGCUAACCACAGGCUCUAUAACUAGGCAAUUCCAAAAGGGAGAGGGCUCAGAGCCAGUGCUUGGAAGCACAGCAAGACACAGUGCAGGGUGGUUGACUGUGUCAACUUCUCAGUCCACUGAUCAGAGGAAGCUUUUUUUAUUGCACUGCUGAAUUCCCGAGACCAGGAGUGUCAGGUCAGCAUUUCCACUGGGAGGUUUUAUUGGCUGCUCCAUAACUUUUGUACUCACGGCAGCUCAUUGCAAGGCUGGUCCUUGCACCCUUACAGUGAGUCCUCCAUGCUGGCAUGUGCCAUGGCCAGUACCUGCAUCUCCCUCCCUGUCUGAGAGCUGACUCUGGAAGAAUUGGCCCAGGCAAUAAAUGUUCAGGGUGUCUGAUGUGGAUGUUGUCCAGCUGAGGAGAAGCCUUCUGGAGCAUACAGGGAGGGGAGGAGUCAGUGGAAAGCAACAGAAGUGAGCUUGCAGAGCUUUACCAGAUGUUCUUGGCUAUCUUGCCUGAAUUUGUAGAACAAAACUGGUCUCUAGGUAGUUUAAUCUUGUGGCUGAUGGAGAAGUUAGUUUGCCAAAUUAUUAUACAUCUGCAACAGAGACAGAAAAGCAGCAGUGAGGGGUUUGCUUACUGUAAAAUACGCCUUCUGAUGUGAAUUCCUAGUGACACGCUGCCUCCUGGAUUCCUCACGGCAGGAAGCUGGUCAUGUGCCAAGGUGACUUGUGGCCACCCAGGCCAGGCUGUGCUGUCUGCUGUGUUGGUCAUGGGAAGGCAAGAAGUUAGUCCAGAAAGUGAUGUAGAGUGUGAACUUUGUGAUAAAAUUCAAGUGUGAAUAGUUGUAGCAGGUGUCUUCCCUUACGGGAGCACCUCAUAUCUGUAGUUCCGUAGGAGUAAACUGUCAGACUUUUCCUGUGACUGUCCCUGCGUGUCCCCACGGUGUUUGUUGGAGGUUUCCUGGGAGCCUCCUGCGCAGUGGGAGGUUGUUGGUAGUCUGUAGCAUUGGGCUUGUUUGGUUUCACACGCACCACUGCUUCCUCAGAGCUCUCCAGACUGAACCCAUAUGCUGCUGACCCUGGAGAAUUCCUGUCGUGGGCACUGCACGUGCCAGGUAGGUGCUAGUGGCAAGGGCAUGCCUCCACGGGCCGUGGCACCUCCUCUUCUGAGGGGCCCUGGAAUCUCCUGGCGGGAGGGAAAGGGAUAGAGCUGGCCAGUCCCAUGCUGGCCUUCACCUCCCCGUGCUCCCCAGCUGGCUCUGGGUCUGUGUCCCCAGACGUGCCCGUGGCAGCCCCAGGAGCCCGCAGAGCUGUUCCUGCUCCUCCCAAAGGCCGGCACACCUCGCUACACCCAAAUGAUUACCUCAGCCUUGGAGCCUUGCCAAACAGCCAGGAAUCCCCCAGCAGGGGCAGCCCGGCCUCCGCCCGGGCUGGGGUACACGGGGGGCAGAGCUGCUCCUCUGCUCACAAACCAGCUCUGCGAGGUGCUGCUCGGUCCCUUCACCACAGGGAAACCAAACACUUCGGAUAUUCUGGUCGUUUGUUGUGAAAUUGUUUCCUAACAGCAGCAGAUUUAAAUGUCACCAUACAAAUGGCAGAGAGAAAUCUUUUAUGCAGUUGCAAGGUGGUUUUCUAAGAUGGUUGGGUUACUGAAAAUGAUUUUACUGUGCAUUAAUCUUAUGAAUGUUACUAUGUUUUAUAUUUAUUUUAGAUGACCCUCCUGUAUUUUACAAAGGGAAGUUUCAUUGUGUGAUAACUCUGUCUGUAUUCUUAAUAUAAUUUGUUAAAUGAAACUUGUUUUAAUCAGAUAA